UCUCUUAAUCUGGAGAAAUCGAAAAUUGAGGAGCAAGUUUCGUCAAUUAUUAAAGAGCGAGAGAAAUUUUUGCUAGAAAAUCAGAAUCUCUCAACAGUAACGUGUCAACUGAAGAAUCGACUUUUGGAAAUCGAAACUAAAACCAACUGCAUUUUAGCCGAGAAAGAACGUGUUGAAGCAAUGCUCAGACUGAACGAGAAAAAAACGAAUGAUUUGGAGAAGGAGCGUGAAUAUUACAAUAAUCAAACGAUGGAGCUUCUUAACUCACUUAAGCUUUCCACUUAA